AUGACCAGCCACAGAGCCGCCACAACAGCCAGGAUGUGGGGGGAUGAGGAGGAUAGGAGGGAUGAAGAGGCUGAGGAGGACAAGGAGGACACAGGGGACAAGGGGAAUGGAGGAGGGAUUACGCUGAAGGCCGUCCACUCCAUUUGGUUGCCCAAAAACCCAGGCACAGGUGCAGCUUUAAUUGGCCCAGAAAUAGCCAAGGAUACUGGGCUGGAUCUAGCAGGGCGAGGAGAAGAGGGGGAAGGGAGCAUGAGUACCACCAGCGUCCCCAUGUCGGCUUCAGGCAGCAGCUUGCUUGCUCCAGAUGCGGCGGGUUACCGGCUCUUACUGGAGGAUUACCGGCUCAGUCUGUGCCAGGACGCUCCAGCAGUGUCCGACAGCCGAGCAGGAGCAGGAGGAGGCGGCGCAGGAGGAGGGCCGGACUUUUCACAGGCCCGUUUCUCCUCCUCGCUGCCCACCUACCUCCCUGUCCAGUGUCAGCUAAGUGGCGCUGACUCCGCCUUCUUCCUGCGGGAAGCCAAUCAGGAGGUCAUGCGGAACGGCAGCCUGUCGUCUCGCACUGAGCCCUUCUUCCUCCACCAGCUGGAGCCCGGCGUUGGUGCCCCGCCCUCCGUCAACUGCAGCUACGGCAACAUGAGCGCAGAGCAGCCAAUCCCCGUCGAGCUGCUUCAGGGCCCGCCUCCACAUCUCCUGCUGACUGCCAAUCAGGUGACCAUGAACUGGAAGGUCAAAGGUCAUGUGGUAAUGUCCAAAGUGGGGUCAACACGUCCCUGGAUACAGGUACUGUUCUACUUAGCGGGGCGGCGUUGGGAUGAGCCUGAUCCCCCUCCUCCAGCCCUUCUCCCCUGCAUCAGGGCCUUGGCCAUCCGCGACCCCAGCGAAGCAGCACCCUCGGUGGGCUGCCGACUCAUGGGCACCCCUGGCAUCUGCGUUGUCCGCCUGGAACUGCCCCCGGCUUGGUUUACUCCCACACAAGUCAGGAAAAGACCCCCUGAAAUAACUUUACCAUCAGUGGAUGUGUAUUACUCAAUCGUGCCAGUCGAGGGGGCUGGUCAAGAGUGUCCCCCCAUCGUUAACGAACCAUGGAGAGGUCAGAGUGCAAAUGUCGGGCCUCUCGGAGCCCUGGGUUUGGGGCUUGGAGGACAGUGGAGCCCCCUAGUGGAUGGAGGUCUUCAGGACAUGCAGAAAGCAGGCUCUGUGGCGCUGGUUAUGGGCCCAGUUUUGGCUAAAGGAGAGAAGCUGAGACUGGAUGAGAACGUGGAGGUUCUGGUGCCACCCAGCCCGGUUCGGCUCGGCAAGACAGUGGCCUUCGGCAUCUACAUGAAAACAUAUUCUAACGUGGAACAGUUUACACUGAGGGUGUGGUUCCAGUCAGGCAUCAAUUUCCUGUCCGUGAAGCCUAGCAACCUUGUUGCUUGGGAGAUCAAACAGGAAAUGGCACCAGGAAGCAGUUCACUAGCAGUGAUGUGCCAAAGGAAGGUUUCGACCAUGUCAGAGAGGUUGGAGGGUCAGUCUUACGAGGUGAUGCAGCUGGACUUCGAGGUGGAUAAUGUGAUCAACCUCGUGCCGACCCAGACGCUGCACUGGAACGUCGAGUACCCAGCAGGAGCGCAGACGGCUGCCGCGCGCACCGAGAAAGUCUCCCACCUCUACAUCAGCAACGCCGACAUACAGGGCAUCGUACCGCUGGCUGAGGACACGGAGGUGGUGAACACGGCCAUUCUUACAGGUCGCCGUGUCGCCGUACCCAUCAAACUGGUUACCGUGGAAACCGAUGGGCGGGUGAGGGAGGUGGACGACUCGGUUACCUGCAGCUCAGUAGACGUGGAUGUGGUCAAGAUUUCUCCAAGCUGCGACCAGGUUCUGGUGAACGGCAAGGAGAUGCGCGGCCGGCAGUCUUUGGCGGUGGACUUCUCCUACCUCCACCUGUCCGCCCAGCUUCAGCUCACCGUCUGGGUGCCCAAACUACCUUUGCAGAUCGACGUGUCAGACACUGAGCUGAGCCAGGUUAAAGGCUGGAGGGUGCCAAUCGUCACCAACAAGAGACCUACCAGGGACAGCGAGGAUGAUGAGGAUGAUGAGAAGAAGGGCAAAGGGUGCACUUUACAGUAUCAGUAUGCCUUGGUGCGGGUCCUGACGCAUUUUGUGGCAGAACCUUCUGACCCAGGAGGAGAGAUGGUCUACAUGUUGGGAGCUGACUGGCAAGCUGACAUCACUCACUUGGUGCUGGACCAGCUGAAGGUAGAGGAUCCUCGUAUUGCCAGACUUAUAGAUGGACGAAUCCUGAUGGGACGGGACUUGGGCAUCACCACUAUACAGGUGCUGUCGCCUCUGUCUGACUCCAUCCUGGCAGAGAAGACUGUGACUGUGUUGGAUGACAAAGUGACCAUCACAGAUCUGGGAGUCCAGCUGGUUGCGUCUCUGUCCCUCAGCAUGACACCGAGUCCUGGGAAUAACCAGGCGAUACAGCUAACCACGACGGCCACGGACCUGCUGCACACACCCAAACAGGAAGCAGUGAUCAGUGCAUGGAUCCAGUACAGUGACAGUUCAGUGACACCACUCGAUAUCUACGAUCCCAAGGACUUCCUCCUCUCUGCUGUCUCACUGGAUGAGAGCGUAAUCUCCACAACCAAUCAGGAGCAGCACUGGCCCAUUAUAGUGGCAGAGGGCGAGGGACAGGGUGCACUGGUUCGUGUGGAGAUGGUCAUCUCUGAGACCUGCCAGAAAUCAAAGAGGAAGAGCGUACUGGCAUCUGGAAUCGGCAAUGUGAUAGUAAAGUUUGGAGCAAAGAGCGAAGAAAGAGGAGUGAUGGGAGGAGGUGGACAGUUGGAUGGAGGGGGGAUGGACAACAGCACCAGCGAGCAGCGGACGAAAGCGGAGAAGGAGGGAGGAGAAUGGAAGUACAACAACGCGGCCGCUGACCGUGAGGAGGGAGCCAUGAGGAAGGUUAGCACAACAACCAAGACCACAGUGACAAAUCGUGCCUCAGGCGGUAAACCUGCAAAUGGAGGCAGUAGCAGCAGCCGGGGUGGAGGACCCAACCAAGCAGGGGACUAUAGUAGCUAUCCAGCCCAGGUGGAGGUACCUGGGACUGGGGAGAGCGACCUGUCCCAGACCCCUAGAGGCUUAUCAGACCUGGAGAUUGGGAUGUACGCUCUGCUGGGAGUGUUCUGUCUGGCAAUUCUUGUCUUCCUCAUCAACUGUGUCAGCUUUGCUUUCAGGUACCGUCACAAGCAGCUCCCAGUUCUGGAGGCGGGGGGCAACAUGAACCACGCCCAUGACUGGGUGUGGCUUGGCAACGAGGCUGACCUUUUAGCCGAUCACUCUGACCAAUGUCAGGGCCCUCUGGCAGAUGAGUGCACAACCAUCAUUGACCGGAACGAUGGAGGAUAUGAAGAGAAUAAAUACCUGCUGAAUGGAGCUGGUAACAGCUUGGUGAUGGGCAUGGGCACAAUCGGUGGUGGUGGCACAGGUGGACAUCGGGGCAUUGCUCAUGGACAAACAUUGCCCAGAUCCAUUCCUGAACCGCGGCAGUGCCUUUCAACAAUCCCCACCGGUGGCAAAGACGCUACCGGUCAAGCAGAGCCUCUCAAUAAUUCCCCCCGAGCCACCGCAGCAGCUGCAGUUGCAGCCGCCAAACGCAAACGCGUCAAGUUCACAUCUUUUGCCACUGUUCUGCCCAACGAUGAUUCUGGUGGGGGCGGCUCUUACACCAACUCCUCGGUCCUGGUGACCAACGGGAGCGAGGAUGACAUCAAGUGGGUGUGUCAGGAUAUGGACCUGGGCCAGUCGGAAAUCAGAACCUACAUGGAGAGGCUACAAGACAAUCUGUGAUUGGUGGGAAACAGACCGCCAGAGGUGAAGGGGGGGUUGAGUGCAGGAGAGGAAGAUGGACAAUGAGUACAACUCACCUGUAAUGCCUUUGCAAUGGAUGAAGGGAGGGAGAAUGGAAGGAAAAUGAAAGCAAAGAAGUGAUAAGAGGGCAGAUUGGUUGAGUACAGAGACGACAAAAAAUAGGACAGAUAAGGGAGAAAAAACAGGAAAUGGAAUGUAAAAAGUGGAGAGAGCUUUACAAUUCUUUACUGAAAGGAAAAUAGAACAGACGGUGUAGGAACUAUUUAAAUUUAGUUUCCUACUGAAAGCACUGUCUUCACUAAUCCACGCUGAAAUGGUAGCAAACAUAAAAUAACAUUA